GGUCCAGGCACUGCUGAGCCGUGGCAGGACUGGUAUAAAAGGUGUGCCUUUGCCAGUCUCUCCCAACCACCACUCACGUCGCCUACUCCUCAGGGAAUAAGGUAAGUCUGUGAAUGCUUGUCCUCCACUCCCGGUGCACCAUCACCAAGCUGUUCAUCUUGGGAGUUACCUUUUGCUGCUCUCUUGCAACCUGUGACUUCUUGCAGAGCACCAUCCCAUCGCACACCAAGAUGUCUUGCUACGACCUGUGCCCACCAAGAACCAGCGUGGCCGUCCCCCAGCCCAUUGCUGAGAGCUGCAACGAGCUGUGCGCCCGCCAGUGUCCCGACUCUUCAGCCUUCAUCCAGCCACCGCCUGUGGUUGUCACCUUCCCCGGCCCCAUCCUCAGCUCCUUCCCCCAGCAAGCCGUGGUGGGCUCCUCUGGAGCACCCGCCUUUGGAGGCAACCUGGGGCUGGGAGGCCUCUACGGUGCUGGGGCCACUCAGGCCUCAGGGGGUCUCUGCACCUUUGGCAGACCCUACGCUCCUGCCGCCUGCAGCCCUCUGCCUCUACCCCGCUACAGCCAGAGGCUGUGGAACACCCGUGGCUCCUGCUAGAGCCAGGUCAACUCCACCAUACCCAUUCUGGGGUGAGAUGGUGUGCACAGGCUACUGAGGAGUGCUGAGCAUCCUCAUCCCCAACCAAGGCCUGGGCAGCCAGCUAUGUCCC